AAUGUAAACACUGUCCUACAAAAAGUUCUAUGUUCUUGGGCUACUUAUAUGGAGAACAUUCAUUUACUGAAGACAUGGUUGGAUGAAACACGAAAAGGACAUCUUAAAAAGGUCCCCACUGAGAUUCUGGCAGACUGGAACUCAGUGCAUGGUUCCUUAAAUGAAGCUGGAAACUUCUUAAUUGAAGUCAGCAAUGAGCAAGUGGGAUCAGAUAUUUCUAAAGAACUGAAAAAACUGAACACAAGAUGGGCUAAAUUUAUAAAGAGAACACAGUUUGAGAUGAGAUUACUGAGAAUGCAAGAAGAGCAAAAGAAGUCAGUUGUUGACAGUAAUGGAAAUUCUCAGUCUCCUGCCGAGGCAGUGCCAAAUGCACUCAGUGUUACAGCAGAUAUAUCAACGGAGGCUAGUAAGAAACACAUUCAGAAUGCAGAGCUUAGAGAAAAGGAUGCAGAUGCAACUGACCAGGCCACUGAGCUUCUGCCCAGAGUGGAGAAAAUGGAAGAGCUUCUCAAAGGAGUAGAAAACUGGGCCACAGAAACAGAAUGCCUUCUUGAGACGAUCAAACAUGAAGGAUGCGUGGGAAGCUCAACAGAACAAUCUUUACAGAUCCUAAUUGCCAGAAGGACCUUGUGCCAAGAACAAGUUGCUGCAGCAGAAGAAAUCUUGCAAGUUUUGACACGUAAUAUUUCAAGCCAGGUGUCCCUCCCGGAUUUUGAGACAGCUGGGCUACCGACACGAAUUAAAGAAGUCAGAGAGAGACUCCAGGCUGCCAUGAAUAACCUAGACCUUGUCUCACCCAAAUCUGAAGAGACUCUGUCAAAAAAGGAGGUCAUGAUCAAUUUUGAAAAAUCCCAGAAGGAGCUUGAAACAUCUAUUUUAAAAGCUAUGCAACUCAUUAGCCAAAAAGUGAGCCCUGAUGAGCACAUUUCAAAAAAUGAGGAAGCUUUUAGCAUUUUGGACACAGGAAUUCUUGAAAAUUUUUUGAAAGCAGCUGACCAAUUGAAAAAUAUUUCACCAGCUCAUGAAAAGUUAGCAGUGGAGGAAAGAUGCAAAGAUGUUCGUGAAAGAUGGGAGGCAGUUCAUCGUGAAAUCAUAUCAUGGAUUCAGUUCAUAAUGGAAAUUGAAAUAGGGAAAUUUAAUGCAACUUUUUCAAAACUCAGUAAGCAAAUAAAUAAAGAGAAGAAACUCCUUAGCAUGGGUAAAACCAAGGGACUUAUAAAAGAACACGAGGCUUUUUUUUCUCCUGAAGGCAGCCUGGGGGAACUAAACAGCUGCCUACAAGUUCUUAAAGCAAUGUGUGAAAGACUGACUGCAGAAGAAACUCACCUGGAAACAAAGACACUAAUUGCAGAGUGUGAACAAAAGCAAGAAGAACUUCAAAAAUGUGCGGCAGAUGCUUACAUAACUCUGCUGUCCCAUGUUGGCGGUGGCCAGGCAUCUAAACAAGGGGGCUCUAUACUUGCUCCUGAGAAUGGAGAAAAGAAAACAUCUUCCCAAUCAGUUGAUAUACUUUCAACUCAGGAGGCAUCAGGACCAGUUUCAGAUGUAAUUUUGGAAUCAGACGUGAAACAACAGAAUGGUGAAAGCUGUACAAAAAAGUUUGAGAAAGACAGUGAUUUGCCCAUAGAGACUUUAUUAGAGAGCUUUGAUACACAGAGGAGUAAUCUCGAACUUCAUUUACAAAGAAUCAGAGAUGAAGUAGAGUCUCCUUUUACUGAUGAAAUAAAAGACACGUCAUGCCUUCAUAAUAAGCUGCUAGAUCUACAGGUCAUAGAGAGUAAAGCUAAUUCUUGUUGGACACAGUUGGAAAUUAUUGCAUCUAAAUUAGAAAAUCUUAUGGAUGAGACGGGGAAGCCUGUUAUUUCUGAAACACAAAACAGACUCAACAGAGAGUGGAGUGAACUUCAGAUUAUUCUACAUGCCAGAAUGAAGUCUUUAAAGAUUGCUUUGGAAGUUGUUUCGCCAAUAGAAAAUGAAUUCAUUCUUCUAUGUGACUCAGACGAGCAACUCCACAGAAAGGACAUUCAGCAAUUUACUCUGACAAAUAUUGAUCUCAUUUAUGGAGAACUGAAGAACGUCCAGAGCUGUAUAGUAAAUGAGAUUGAAUUAUGCAAACAACUGGAAAACCUAGACAGCUCAAGAGGAGAUGAAUUUAACCUAAUAGAUUUGCAAGCAGCGCGCGAGAUUAUGCUUAAAUAUAAGAGGCAGUUUGAAGACAUGAAUCAUAAAAUGCAGGUCAGCGAAACGGUCCUCAAAGAACUGGAAGCUUUUUUGGCCUCAUUGAGAAGAGUUAAACUUUCUAUUGAGCAUGCAACGGACUCUUCAAUUUCUGAGAAACCUGCGGUGCAAGGAAACACAUCAAAAGAAGCCGUGCAGGAAGAAGUUUCUCUGAUGAAAGAAAAGGCUAAAUGUUUGGAUGAGCGCUUGCAGAUGGCUGAUAUCUGCUUGGAAGAUGCUGAAUGUGGGGGAAAGACUUGCUGUGAAAAACUCAUUGCGGCUUUAUCUGAAAAGGCAAACAAGGCUUUUGCCCAUCUAAGUAAGCAGGAGCUCAUCCAAGAAAAUGAGUUACAGGAGAUUUUUUCCACAAGAAAUAAUGAACUCUUAAAAAAUAUUCAAGAUCUACACGAUAAGAUUAAUAAAAUAGGCUUGAAGGACCCAACAAUUCCUGCUGUUCAACAAAGGAUAAAAUCAUUAACUGAAUUGGAACAGGAAUUGGGUUGCUAUGCUAUUGAAAUGAAAUCCAUACGAGAAAUUGCUAACAAGUUUCUACAGAUUGAAGAGACAAAAGGAGAAGAAGCAGAUGAACAGUGCACAGUUACAGAAAGGUUGUGGGAGGAUACAAAACUGUCACUUGCUGAAUGCCAGGAGCAGUGUGUGAGGGUGUUGGAGCUCCUGAAGCAGUAUCAAAGCUGCAAAAAUAGUCUGACAAGCAUGAUCCAGAAACAAGAGAGUGUCCUCUCACAGCAGACUUCUUACAUGGGGAAAGACAAUCUGCAGAGGAUGAUAGCAAAGAUUGAAGCGGUUAAAGAAGAAUUUAAUGAUCGCUCUGAAGAUGUAGACAAAAUAAAUCAGAUCUGCAAAAACCUCCACUUCCAGAUCAAUAAAAUGAGAAGCUUCGAGGAGCCUCCCUUUCAGAAUGAGGCUGACAUUAUUGUGGACAGAUGGCUGGAUAUCAAUGAAAAAACUGAAAACUAUUGUGAUAAUUUGGGAAGAGCUCUGGCUUUGUGGGACAAACUUCUUAAUUUAUUCAGCAAGACUGACACAUGGGCAAAUACACAACUUAGGAGCAUAGAAGAACAUCAGCUGACUGAAGAGGAGGUGACACAAUUGAAGACUUCUUUACAGGUCCAAGAGCAAAGCUUAGAGGAAUUUGACCGAAAAGUGGCUGAGAUAGAGCAUCUUCUUCAUAACAGUGAGCCUCCAUUGGAGUUACAGGUCAUCAAGUCAUCUGUUGAGAACAAAAUGGAGCUAAUAAGAAAGCACUUACCGAAUAAGAUGAGACCCAGUGAACUCAAUGGCAAUUCAGCAGAGCUAAAAGGGGACCUUGACCUUGCCAAGACACAGAUUGGGAUGACAGAAUCACUUUUAAAAGCUUUAUUUCCCUCUGACACUUUAGAGAUCUUUACGAAACUAGAGGAGCUACAUCAGAAAAUUCUCCAACAAAAACACCAUGUGAAAUUACUCCAAAAAAAGACAGGUUGUCUGACUCCAGAAGUGGCUGAAUUAAAGAAGCAGCUUCAGUGUAUCACUGAUUUAUUUAAUACAAAGAAACACAUUUUCCAGGAUCAUUUUAUCAGUCUUUUGAACUAUCAGUGUAAGGAUUUUAAUGACUGGUUCAGCAGCGCUCAGCUGUCUUUAAAGGAUUGUUUUGACCCGUCAGAAACUAAACAGACAUUGGAAGAAAAAUUGCAGACGCUCAUGAGUUUCCUAACUUUUGAAGGCAAAGAGAGUGACAUCCAAGAAGUAAAAUCUCUCUUGACUAAGGUGAAGAGUUAUUUGCCCGAAGCAAGUGUUAACCAGCUUAGUAGCUGGGUGAGAGAUCAAGAAGCAGAAUUACAAAGCGUAACCUCCAAAUGUCAGAAACAAGAAAAGAAACUUCGUGCUUCUCUGCAGCAACUCAUUAGACUUCAAGAAGACAGCAGUGGCUUGAAGGAAUGGCUCACCAUUCAGGAAGAAAAAUUGCCAGAGACCAAAAAUGAGAAGAUAAAAUUAGAAAACUUUUACCAAAUGCUAAUAAAGCAGAGAGACUCAUUUGACUCCCUGUCUCAGCUGGCAAAUUCUUUGAGGGAGUCUGGGUUUACAAGAGAUGAAACAGUGUCCGAAUCCAGUCAUCUCAUUAGUCGGUAUCAGGAACUACAGACACACAUAAGUGAAGCACUGGGAAUUAGUCAGACACGGUCCAUGGAAAGGCAGAAUUUUGAAGCGCUUGCACAGAACAUGUCUUCUUGGAUAAAAAGACUUAAAGACUCAGUUAUUGGCUUGAGUUCACGGGAAGGCAAGUUGCCACUGAGAGAAAGGAUACAUCAAAUAAAGGAAAUAGUUUUUCUCAAAGAUAAGGGAGAUGCUAAAAUGCAAAACAUCAUAGCCUUGGGCAAAAUCUUAACAAGUAUUGAAGGAGUGAAGGACCCGGCCAUUCAGCAGACUAUUUCUGAUCUCCAGAAUCAAUGGGAGUGCACUGUUCAUUUAGCCACUGAAUAUCUAAGCCACCAAGAACAGAUUCAACUUCAAGACAAACGAUACACACAAAGCAAAGAAGAUUUGAGAUUAGUGCUGACUGAACUGAAGAAGCAGCAGCAGGAAUUCGGUUUUGAUGUUCAGGCUGGUUUGCAGGAGAAACAAACUCAGUUAACAAGUUAUAUAAAACUCCUGCAGAAAGCAGAAGGUUUAAUGUUCCUAUUAAAUGAAUUAGAAAGCCAAGGAGAUUACCUACGGGAUUGCAUUGAGGAUUCCUGCUUCAUGGAAGAAUCACGGAUAGAACUAAAAUAUCUGCAUGAAAGUCUGCUCCGCCAGUUGCAGAACUCCGCGCAGGCACUGGAAGGUCAUGGUCAAGAACACCAAGUGUUCCAGGAUACACUGGCAGCCUUGAGUAGCUCGCUGAAGAGACCAUCAGCGGAGCUUUGUCAUUGUACUGAGAUCUCAGUGGAAAAGCCAGCAGCUGAGAAACAGCAGCAGUUGAAAUUGCAGGAACAGGCACCUCUUAGUCAAUGUGAAGACACAUUAAAGAAGAUUUUGGCUUUAGCAGAAUCUGUUGAACAAAACACCUCUUCGCCAGGACAGAAGAUUACUAAGGAUGAAAUGGAAACACUUCAGUGUAAACACAGGAAUUUGAAGGACAGACUUAAAAAUGUCAAGCAAGAGGGUGAGAAUAUUCUCAGUGACACCCCUGAGUCAAAGCAUGCAUUUGCUGUUGAAAUAAAGACACAGGAUAAGGCAGAUACAAUGAUAAAGAGAGAGAAGCAGGUCUUUUCUGAUAUUCCCUUUGCUGUUGAAGAGAACAGCAGAACAGAAGAGCUGGAAGAAUGCUGGAAACUAAAUAACGGUCAAGGUUUACAUGGAAAUGUAGCAGAGAAAGAGCAACAAAAUAAUCUGUAUUCUGAAGAAAGUAGAUUAUUGGCAGACAGUCCCCUAAAAGAUUCACAUCAAAGCAAGAACACACAAGAGCAAACAGCUCAGGGUUCAAAUGUGGAAAUGGUUUUCCAGAAACAGCUUCUUCCUGAAGCCCAAGCAAAUGCUGAAUAUAUUGGGGAGGAACAAAAGGUCGCUGAGCUGAAAAAUCAAACUGCAGAAUUGGAUGUUGUGUUAGUAAGUGAGCAACUAAAAGAGAUAGAGAAUUUAUACACUGAACUGGAAAAACAGAGAGCCACGGCUUUGUCUCUGAGGCAAGAGUUGUCACCCAACACAACAGAAAUGAGCACAUCAAACCUGCAAAGCACAGAAUGUAUUGUUUCUUGCUGGGACAGGUUGCUUCAAGAAUUGGAAGCCAUUAAGAAGGUUAAGCAACACCAUUAUCAUCUAGUUAAUGAUUAUCAGGAAAAUCUGUCUGCUGUUCAGUCUUCAAUGAAAAGUUUAUCAACAGAAAAAGAAAACAUAAAAAUGGGUCCUAUGAGCAACACAGUUCUGGAGAAAAUUAAAAAAUGUAUGGAUUCAGUACAGAAGGAGAGAGACACUUUAAACAAGCUGAAAACUGAACAAGAUAAUUUAUCUAGGUAUCUGACAUGCCUAGAUAAGGAAUUAACAGAAAGCCAAGUGAAACAACUUGAGCGAUGGUGGGAACACAUAGAGCAAUCAGUGCAAAAGAAACGUUAUCAACUUGUGUCAGAAAUUGACGAAUUUAACCUUCUCAUGAACAAAGCACAGGACAUUCAAAAGUUGAUAGAGCACCAGCAGCACUUACAAGCUGGGUUGAGUUCCCCAGAUGGACAAAAAACCAAGUGUCCAGUAUUUUGGACCUCAGAGCUGCAAGCCAUUAAACACAGUGUUUCUUUGUUAAAAAGAAGCACUGAGCUGCAGAUGAAAAGGAUUUGGAGUGAGGAAGAAAAGAAAACUUUGGAAAAUUCAAUAAAUGAUUUGCAGAAUCAGUUGGAAGUAUUGGAGCACCAAACUCCUCAGGAGGAUGUUCAGUUCCUUAGCUGUGAUCCCAAGAAAUACGAAAUCAUGAGAAGGAUGAAAGAGAAUAUAUCAUGGGUCAAAGAUUCAUUGUUUUCUCUUGAUCAGAAGGCAGCACUUUUCCCAGAUGAUAUUAAAAUACAGAUCAGAAAUUGCAAGGCUGUGAACAGUGCAGCGAUAGACAAAGAGUCUACUAUUGGGUCACUGGCUGAUGAGACCCAAUGUAUCAUUCCUGAUUUGAAUCCAGAGGAAGUUACUGACCUGAGCGCCCUGUUACAAGAAUUACAGAAUUCAUACCAGGCGCUUGUUUUAAAAUCAGCUCAAAGAUUACAACAGCUAGAAUUCCAACUGGAAAAAAGGCAGAGGCUUAUUGCAGACAUAGAAAGAGUUCACAGCCAGCUUCAAAGUGCUGAGACAGUGACCAUUCCUGACCUAAAUCAAACAAUCACGUGCUCUGAGCUAGGCACUUUACAUGUCAUUUUAAAGGAGCUUUCAAAGGAAAUACAGAAGAUGGAAGGUCUCAUCUCAUCACAUCUCCAAGAGAGUGAGCACUCACAUGGGGAGCUAAACAUAUUCGAACAAUUAUUUCUAACUGACCAAUUAAGAUGCCUUAAGAAUAGAGCUAGGAAAAUACAGAAGUUAAUCCAGAAUAAAUGCCAUACAGUGGAAAAAAAGAUAGCUGUCUACACAGAUCUCUCUGAAAGAAUAACUUCAUUGCAUCAGGAGCUUAAUGAUCUAUGGUGUGAUGUAUUGAAACUGGAGAGAGAGGAAAUAUUAAGUGUAAAAGAAGAAGUUAAGGAUAAACUCAAUGUGCUUAAAGAGAGAACCUUAGCUGUUCAAUCUAGUUUGAUACAAAUAACGAAGUACAAGGAAAUAUUUGAUUUUAUAAGGCUAAAUUGGGACACUUCACACCAUGAUGAAUUGCAAACUCUAUUUCUUGAAAUUAAAAAUAAACUUGAAGGGAAGAUUAAAUGCUUUGACAACUUUGUUAUAGAAUAUGACAGGCAUCAAGCAUUGCUAAAUGAAAUCCAGGCCAUGACAUCCAGUAUAAAGAAUGAAGCUGACAUACUAACAAAUAGCCCUGGCUCUUCCACAGAAACCAAUUUUAUAUCAGCACAAAUUUUGUGCCACAGAGUUCAACAAAUCAGGUACUUAAUCCAGGAGGCAGUAAAUCAAUUAAAUAUAAAUGAAGUCUUUGAUGUAUCACUCAAAGAGGCUAAGACACAGCAAAUAAAGAGACUGGAGGAAGAUAUUGAUGAGUUGCAUCAAUUUUUCCAAAACAUGAUAGUGGAUCUUCAGGCAGAGUAUGUAAAUAAACAAGAUUUCCAGAGCAAAUUGGAAUACACAUUACAUACCAUAAAGAAGAUUAAAUCUGAGUUUCAGCAGCCUCUUCUGGUAGACUUGGAAAUGAAAAAAAUUCAGUAUGAAAAGAUGCAUUGUGAAGCAAUGCAAGACACGGUGCAAGCAGAAUUUUGUGCCCUGAAAGAUCUAGUGGGUAAAGAGAAAGAAAAGCAAGAAGAAAAAUCUUAUUUUAUUGCUGGUAUAGAAGCAAAAUUAGAUGAACUGGAAGAUCUUGAAAUACAGCUGAAGACAGAUAUUGCUUCCCGUGUAAAUGCCAUAGAUGAAGCUCAUGAGAAUGUUAAACUUUAUACCAAAGCUGUCCAAAGGGCUGUGGAUCUCCUCACUGAAUAUGAAGCCAGAAUUCUCUCAGCAAAAGUUGAUCUUGGUAGCCUAGAAGAGUCCUGCCAAAUUCUACAUUGGAAACAAGAAGAAUUUGAGUCUGCAAAGGCAGACAUAGAGGAUCUGACCUCCAAACUGGAAAACAUAAUUAAACCAAGUGCCAAACCACAACUGAAAAAUACUUUAAGUGAGCUAGUCACUAAGAAUUCAAUACUAAGGGAGAAGGCGCAAAGAAAGAGAACUGAUAUGCAGAGGUGCUUUGAAAAAUACAAAAGCUACACAAAAAUCAAAGAGAAGGUAUGUGCUAAUCUUAAUGAACUGGAAAAGAUUCUUGGACAAUCUUUGUCCCAAAUUCCAAGGUCUUAUAAGGAAGCUCUGGAGCACUUGGAACAAAGCAAGGUUUUGGUCUCUAACCUUCUUUCGGCUGAAGAGGAUCUAAUGACGUUGAGACGGGACUCGGGAGACCUGAGCAUUGUGUGCAAAGGAAGUGACUGCACGCUGGUCAGGAUUGUGUCAGCACUGUGGGGAAAGUGGCUUGGUUUGCUCGAGGCUGCAAAAGAAUGGGAGAUUAACUGCGAGGAGCUAAAACAGGAAUGGAAAUUUGUCAAUGAAGAAGUGGAACGGCAAGCAAUAAUUCUAGAUAAUCUUCAGGAAGAACUACCGGAAAGUCCUAAAGAGAAAGAGAAGGCCUCCACAGAUGCACUUUUAGAAUUGCUAGAAUAUGUGGACUGUUAUGAGGAAAACAUGGACAGAGAGCAACUGUUAUUGCUUUUACUACUUCAUCGUAUAAGAAGCAUCCUGAAUGUGCCUGAAAACACUGAGAGAAAAGCAGACGUUCCCAUUCGAUACGAGAUACAUGCAAUGCAAGAUCGAUGUAAAAAGCUAUCUCAAAAGGCUCAAAAACAUAAAAAAUCUGUGCAGUCUGAGAUUCAGGAAAGAGACAAGAUUAAUGAAGAAAUAAAUGCUGUGAGGAGUUCAUUACAAAAGGCCUCAUUUUUGUUGCGUGAGGGAGAGUCACAAGAGUCUACUGAAAAGGCAGCAGGGUUGGAGGAGAUUCAGAGUAUAAUUAACAGAGAGAAUCAAACUAUUAAGGAUAUUAUGGAGAAACUACGAAUCAAGUAUUCAGAAAUGUAUACAAUAGUUCCUGCAGAUAUUGAAACACAGUUGGAAGACUGCAAGAAAACAUUACAAGACCUAGAAGAGAAGGUUAACACCAAAAUCUUGCAGAGCUCUCCUCAUUAUGCGAUGAAUAAAAAAGUAGAGAAUAUUAACAAUGGCCUGCAAGCUGUUGAAAAGAUGUUACAACACAAGAGUGAAAACAUUGCAAAAGCCAAGGAAAUUCAAAAGACAAUCUGGGAUGUGCUAGAUCUUUGGCAUUACAAACUGAAUGAACUGGACUCAGAAGUGCAGGAUAUAGCAGAAAAGGAUCCAUGUCACGCACAGGAAUGGCUGGACAGCUUAAUGAUUCCUUUGCAGCAGUACCAGCAGGUCUCACAACAUGCUGAGCACAGAACCACACUCUUAAACAAGGCCACUAGUAAGAUGGAGGAAUAUGAGGAACUCUUGAAGAGCAUGCAGUUAUGGAUAGAAACCACCAAUCAUUUGUUAACUGUGGAGGCUGAAAAUGACUCUGCAAAAGCCCUGAGUAAACAUGCCAAAGCCCUUCAAAUGGCAUUGGAAGAUUCAGAACAAAAGCAAAAUCUUCUACAUACCAUCUAUUCACAACUGGAUGAGUUAUCAAUAAUCUUUGAAACAGAAAAUAUAGUGCAACAGAUAAAUGAAGUAAAUGGUCAAGUAACAUCUUUACAGCAAAAGAUAGUGGAAAUUCUUCCACAGAUCCAGCACAUGGCUGAUGAGGUGGAUGCCAUUGAAUCUGAAGUGAAAGUGAUAGGGAAGGAUGUUGCCAAAAUUAAGACGAUCUUGUCAACAGAAGAUAUAUUAGAUUUUUCUCCUAAGGAGCAUCUUAGACAUGGACAGGUUAUACUUGGCCACAUCAGUCCCUUGCAGAAGACCCUUGCUGCGAUAAAGGGCUACGAAGAAGGUCUUAGGUUACCAGGAAUGAGAAUGCAACCUCUCUCAGUCUUCAAAAGAACAGGCCAACUUGUGAAAGAACUGAAAAUGUUAGAAAAAAGUACCAAGGAACAAAAUGAGCUACUGGAGUCAAUCGUAAAAGAGACAGAUGAAUGCGAACAAGAAAUUGAAAAGUUGAAGCAGUUCUUAAAGAACCAGCUGGGUGAACUGUCAUAUGAAAAACCAUUGUUUCCUCAGACUGCUUCCUGCCCAGAGGGGGACAUGGAAGACAUAAAAGAACAGAUCAUCAAACUGUGCCAGAAAAAAGAAGACAUCCUUAGGGGUAUGAAGAGUUCAAUGCUGGAACUUCACCAGCACUUACAGCAAGAACAACCUGAAUCAGAGGAUGAACUUUCUGUGCCUCUGUCACCCGAGGAAACUGGCUUGGUUGGGAAAGAUGCCUUUGAACGGCAGUUGAAAAAGAAAGGAUCAAUGUCUCUCCUACCAUCUUUAGUUGAAGAAACAGAAGACAGUUCAUUCCACAGUGAAGAAAAUGCAAUAGUACCGACAGCUGAAAGUUUUUGGCCUUCAGGAAAGGGAGAUGAGAGAGACAAAGAAGACAGCGGAGCUUCCUGGUCCUCAGGCACCCUAUCAGAUGGCAUUUCCCUGGAUGCUGAUGUGUUAAUAGAAUCAUGUGAUAAACAUGGCAAGGAAACAUCUUUUCAAGUUCCACAGAAAGCUGGAAGUGAUGAAGACUCUGCUACAGACCUUAGUAAUUGGGCAGUGGGUGACACGCCUUCUUCUGACACAAACACUGGCCAGUGCUUUCAGAACAAACCAGGAGAUUCAAAGGAAACAGUGGAUAGCAAUAGGCCCGAGCCUGAGAAGAUCCUCCAUGUCUGCCAGGUACAGGUUGCUGAGCUGGAGCUGUGGCUAGACAAAGCUAAAGUGUCCCUGGAAUCAGAAACCCAGACCCCAGAAAUGCAGCAGAUGGUGGAACAGCAGCUUGCUGAUUGCCAGGUUAUGUUAUCAGAGAUUGAACAAAAGGUCGCUUCUUUAUUGGAGGAUUGCAGAGAUAGGCAGCAAGGAGAUCGUGCAGGCCCUCAGAAAGAAGCAGAGGCUCUUUCCUUGAAGCUCAAGGAUGUGAAGUGCAAUUUGGAAAAAGUCCAGGUGAUGCUUCAGGACAAAUACAGUGAAGAACAGCUCAACAACAGUGAAAGGAUCCCUUCAGAACGUCUUCAGCUUGGCGGCUCCAAAGUAUCCAACCUUGUUACCACUGAUGCGCCACCGUUCAGCAGGCGUAACGGUUUGCAGGAGCCUCAGGACCUGCCGUUAAAACCGACUGAGCAAAAUAAUCUUGUUGACUUCAUCAAAUUUUAUGUAGAAAAAAUGCAGCCAUGCUUUGAUGACAGCACUACUCAGAAAUUAGAUUCAAGUGACUUAUCUAUCCCAAGGAGUGAGUUUGCUGGUCCAUUUUUAAAGGACCAAACUGGUGAUAAGUGGCAAUAUUUACAACAAGAGCUGGCUUCUACGAUGAAGUCUCCUCUGUGUCAGCUUGCUGACCCUCAGAUUACAACAAAACUGAAUAUUCUGCCGAGAGGUGCUGUAUGUAGUAUUAGAACCCCAACUGUCGAGGAACUGAAAACUUACACCAUGCAGCUUGGAGAUCUAAGCCAAGAAGCAAAUGUUGUGCAGACACAGGAAAAUGGGGCCGGGGAAGCUUCCUUAAAUUUGGACAAAAAGCUCUUUGAGCUGCUUUUGGCAAUCAGUCGGUGUUUGAACAACAUGGAAGAGAUGUUAAACACCUGCGUGCUCUCCAAUGAAGAGGCUGCUGUGCAGCAGGGACUGUAUGAGACUCUGUCUCUAGAGCUGCAAAAACUUCACACAGAUAUCAGAGAUAAAAAGGAUGAUCUUUUAAAGUCUAUUACCUGUGCCGAUGGGAGCGCUGAUGUAUUCUUCGAGUGCUUUAACAACUUGCAAGCCCGGCUGGAACUAACUCAAACUGCUGCUGCUUCUAGAAGCAAAUCAAUGAAAGCUGGGCUGGAUCACAAUAGUAAUUAUCAGAAUGAAAUCAGGCUGUUGUAUGAUCAGUUAAUUGAGAAAAAAUCUACUCUGCAACAAACCUUGAAUGCAAUACGUGGGCAUAAUGUUGCUGAACAGCUUCAGAAAACUGAUACAUAUGCAUUGGAGCUACACAACUUUGAGACCCAAAUAGCAAAACUGAGAGAUCGUGGGGAGAGAUUUCAGUUACCUGUUGCUCUGAUCCAUGAAGUUUAUAAAUUAGAGGAUGUUCUGGAUGACACUUGGGGGGUUCUGAGAGCCAAGUACGAGGAACUAAACUCUCCUUUCAUCAGCGAGAGCCAAUACGAAGGCUUGAUUCGUGGGUUGGCAGAAUUGGUAGACAUUGGACGAGAGAAGCUUGCUCAGGACCCAAAGCAGCUAGCCAAAAGUAGAGCUAUUUUACAGUCUCACCUGCAAAAUCACAAGGGCUUUUUUCACAAGCUCAUCGCGCAUGUGCUUGUCGUGCAAUCGUAUUCCAAGAAGGUGGCUCCUGCUACAUUACAAAAGAAAGAGAAAUUCUGGACUAAGCUGGUGGAAGAUGUCAGAUCGCUGGAACAAAAGGCUUCCCAAUAUGGCAUACGCAUAGAGAGUUUAUUAAAGGAAUGGACAGAAUUUGAUGAGGACUAUGUACCUUUCAACAAAGAAUUAGAGGCGCUUGCUUCUGCAGUGCCUUCUGUGAAUUUGGUAGAAGAGACAGAAGAAAGAUUAAUGGAGAGGAUUACACUUCUCCAGCAAACCAAAAGAAACAUUGAUGAAAAACAUGCCAGACUGUACCAGAUGGUGAAGGAAGGGAAGAAAUUGAUGACUGUUGUGAGCUGUCCUGAAUUAGUAAACCAAAUUGGGAAACUAGAAGAACUGUGGUUGUCCUUAACCAAAAAAGUUGGCCAUGAGCUGCACAGACUUCAAACAUUACUCAAACUCUUGGUCAGCUACAACAGAGACUCAGACAAGUUAAUCAAAUGGUUGGAGUCUGCUCAGCAGAGAAUGAAUUUUUGGAAGGAGCAGUCUCUCAAUGUGUCACAGGACCUACAUACUGUCAGAAACAAUAUAGACAGCUUGUUUGCAUUUUCUAAGGAAGUAGAUGAAAAAUCAUCCUUGAAGUCAUCUGUCAUAAGCACUGGCAACCAGCUUCUUCAUGUGAAACAAAUGGAUGCUGCAGUGCUUAGAUCAUCUUUGGCACAGUUUGAGCAAAAAUGGGCAGAAUUGAUCACUCAGUUCCCAACCAUCCAAGAAAAACUUCACCAGCUUCAGAUGGAAAAGCUUCCGUCUCGUGAGGCCAUCACAGAAAUAAUGGCAUGGCUGAGCCAUGUGGAACAACAAAAAGAAGAUGAUGAGGCCAUUGUAAAUUUGCAAAGUAACGCAUCCCAAGUCAAAAACCUUCUUCAGAAAUAUAAGGAGUACAUGAUGGAGAUGAACUUUAAACAGUGGACGGUUGAUUUUGUUAACCAGUCGCUGUUGCAGAUCAGCACUUGCGAUGUAGAAAGCAAGCGCUAUGAAAGGACAGAAUUUGCAGAGCAUCUUGGUGAGAUGAACUUGCAGUGGCACCGGCUGCAAGGGUCUCUGAACAGAAAGAUACAAGAUUUGGAACAUAUUUUGGAAAUCGUCACUGAAAAUGAAAACAAAGCACAAACUCUGAGCAGCUGGCUGGAAGCACAAGGCGAGAGGCUGAAAUCUUUGGAAAAGCCAGCGAGUCUAAUCUCAGUACAGAACACGCUGGAAGACUGUAAGGAACUAGAAAAUCAGCUUGCAAUUAAAUCCAAAGCUCUUGAUCAGCUAAAGCAGAAUUAUAUGGCUUUGGAAGAUGGUGCAAAACAAACCUCAGAAGAUAUGGCUGUCAGAAUGGAUAAGCUGCAUGAAAUGAGGAACAGUGUCGUCAGUCAGGUAGCACAGUUAAAAACCUCAAUGCAGUCAGUAUUACAGCAAUGGAUAAUUUAUGACGAAGCCUAUGAAGAAGUUAACCUGAUGAUAAUAAGCUCUCUGUAUUGCCUAGAACAAUGCAAACCUUCUGUAAUAUCGCUGGAAUCUUUGAAAGGCCAGGUGAAGACUCUACAGUCUCUUCAAGACAAAACAGAGAAGAGUGAAGAAAGCUGGGCCAAGCUCCAGGCUUCUGCUGCUAACCUCAAGAAAUACUGUUGUUCCUCAUUUGCAGAGAUUAUUGAACAUAAAUGCAAGGAGGCACAUACAAGAUGGACUCUGGCAAAUGAAGAAGUCACUGAUGAGCUACAGAGAGCACAAGCUUUGUUAUUGCUUUGGGAGUCGUAUGAUGGGUUAUACACCGAGGCAGCAUUGAGGUUAGAACAACACGAAGAUCAGUGUCAUCUGCUCUUGGGAGCUCACUUACCUGAAGACAACAUGGUGGAAGUCCUGAAGCAGAAGAUACAGAAUGUGAAGAUACUGCAACAAGGCCUUCAAACCAUAAAGGGAAGCUUUCUCCAGGUUUCUGAGUUGACAGACCAGAUAGCACAACAGGUUAAUGCAGCUACACAAGCAGUUCUGUCAGAGAAGUUGCAUCCUCUCAAAAGGAUAGCUUAUUUGGAAAAGACGUUGCAGAUGAAAUCGGAUGAAUUUGAGUUCAACCUUUUACAACUGAUGGAUUUCAAUAAUUGUCUGGGCACAGUGGAAGCUCGAAUUAAGACACCUAUAGAAGUUUUGGAUAAGCUGUAUCUACAGGGAAAAGAAGACGACUCAGAAUUACUCAUGAGCCACAUGUUGGAGCUCACUGCAAUGUCUCCUGACAUCGAGAAUCUGAAUGAAGUGAGCUUUAGGCUACCACUCAGUGAUUUCACUGUGAAGAAACUACAGAGCCUGAAUCGACAGUGGGCUCAGAAGACAGCAACAGCCCUGGAGCAUUGCAGUGAAUUUGAGGGAAUUCAAUCGGAUGAAAAGAAAUUUCUUCAGAAAUGUGAAAACUGGGUACAAUUUCUAGAAAAGAUGAAAGAGGGUUUAAAAGUGAAUAUUGGUGGCAGAUUUGAAAAGCUUCAGGAACAACAGAGAAUAUAUGAGAUGCUGCAAGCGGAGAUUUCUGUAAAUCAGCAGAUUUUUAAUUCUAUCAUAUCAAAAGCAUUACUUUUGCUGGAAACAGGAGAAGCAGAAAAAAGAACUGAGUUUAUUUCCAAACUCACAUUGCUGAAGGAGCAGUGGCAGAGUGUUAUCCGGAUGGUUCAGCAAAGGAAGAAAGAUAUUGAUGGACUUGUGAAGCAGUGGCAGCACUUCAGGGUUUCUCAACAGAAUCUCACGAAUUUUCUUACUUGUACAAAUAACUUCAUAGCUGCUGUGAAGAGUCAGGAUGGCUACAGCCUUUACCAUCUUAGGAAUCUAAUUCAUGAUUUCAAGAACAAGGAAAUACUUCUUCAGAGAUGGCAAACCACGUACUCCCUCACUGUCGAUAUUGGGAAGAAGUUAUGUAAAGACUCCGACCCGGAGACCAACGCUGUAAUACAAGAGGAACUCAGACAGUUACAGGAGAAUUGGAAUGAUGCCCAACUUCAAGUGGAGAAGAUCAUGAAGCAGCUCCUCGGCACUGUGCAGACCUGGGACAGCUGUGAAAAGCUAAUCAAGGAAUUGGAAAGCAGGCUGCGAGAGCUUAAGGCAAAAAUAAAAGAUCCACUACCAGAGGAACAUGAAGAGCUCUACAAAACCAAGGAACACGUUAAGGAACUGGAGAAGUCACUUGCAGACUGGAAUCAAAACGUGAAAGAACUUGAUAAUAUGAAGGCAGACUUGGCUCAUUAUAUCCUUGCAGAAGAUGUGGUGCUGCUGAAGGAGCAAGUAGAGCAUUUGCACAGAAAAUGGGAAGAACUCUGCUUACGAGUGUCUCUGCGUAAGCAGGAAAUAGAGGACAGACUCAAUGCGUGGAUUGUGUUCGAUGAAAAGAAUAAGGAGCUAUGUACAUGGCUGGUAGAGAUGGAAAGCAAAGUGUUACAGACUACAGAUGUUAGCAUUGAAGAUGCGAUAGACAAAUUACAAAAGGACUGUAUGGAAGAAAUAAACCUGUUUGGUGAAAAUAAACUUCAUUUGAAGCAAAUGGGUGAUCAACUGAUCAAGACUAGCAACAAGAGCAGAGUCGCAGAAAUAGACGACAAACUCAAUAAAAUUAACAAUCGGUGGCAGCAUCUCUUUGAUGUCUUUGGAGGACGGCUGAAGAAACUGGAAGGGACCUUUGCUGUCAUACAGACGUUAGACAAAAAUAUGAGUACCCUUCGCACCUGGUUGGCUCGCAUUGAGGCCGAGCUUUCCAAGCCUGUUGUGUAUGACAUCUGUGAUGAUCAAGAGAUCCAGAAAAGACUUGCUGAGCAGCAGGAUCUGCAACGAGACAUUGAGCAGCACAGUGAAGGGGUAGAAUCUGUGUUUAAUAUCUGUGAAAAGUUGCUGAGCGAUUCAGAUGCAUGUGCUAAUGAGACGGAAUGUGACUCCAUCCAGCAGACUACCAGGAGUCUGGACAGACGGUGGAGAAACAUUUGUUCCAUGUCUAUGGAGAGGCGAAUGAAAAUUGAGGAAACCUGGCGCCUGUGGCAGAAGUUUUUGGAUGACUAUUCUCGCUUUGAAGACUGGUUGAAAUCAGCCGAAAGGACAGCAGCUUAUCCCAACUCUUCCGAAGUUUUAUACACAAAUGCCAAAGAGGAGCUGAAGAAGUUUGAGGCAUUUCAACGACAAAUUCAUGAGCGACUCACUCAGCUGGAGCUAAUCAAUAAACAAUAUAGGCGGCUUGCCCGGGAGAAUCGUACAGAUUCAGCCAGCAAGCUGAAGCAGAUGGUACAUGAAGGCAACCAGCGCUGGGACAAUCUCCAGAAACGGGUUGCUGCCAUUCUAAGAAGACUGAAGUACUUCACCAACCAGAGAGAUGAGUUUGAGGGAACAAGGGAAAGCAUUCUUGUGUGGCUCACAGAAAUGGACCUUCAGCUGACAAAUGUGGAACACUUCUCAGAGAGUAACUUUGAUGACAAAAUGCGGCAAUUAAACGGUUUCCAACAGGAAAUAACCCUAAACACCAAUAAGAUCGAUCAGCUAAUAGUUUUUGGAGAGCAGCUGAUUCAGAAGAGUGAGCCUUUGGAUGCUACCCUGAUCGAAGAUGAGUUGGAGGAACUGCAUAGAUACUGUCAGGAAGUGUUUGGACGAGUCUCUCGAUUCCACCAAAGAUUAACUUCCAGGCAUCCUGGGAUAGAAGAUGACAAAGAUACAUCUGAAAAUGAGACAGAUGCAGAAGACUCAAGAGAAAUGCAAAAUGAUCCCUGGCAUAAGAAGGCAAUAAAUGAGGUGCCUUCUUCUCAGCAGUCCCUUUGCCAUCUUGUGUCCCCUGCACCAGCUCAUGAAAGGUCAGGCUGUGAGACCCCUGUCAGUGUUGACUCCAUCCCACUUGAAUGGGAUCACACAGGUGAUGUAGGGGGCUCUUCCUCUCAUGAGGAUGAAGAAGAAGGAACAUACUACAGUGCUCUCUCAGAUGUAGAAAUCACUGAAAAUCCUGAGGCAUAUCUUAAAAUGACCACAAAAACUUUGAAAGCAUCUUCUGGAAAAUCCAUUUCAGAAGCUCUUACAUGGCAUUCCCCGGAUAGCCCAGCCUGCAGAAAACAUCAAUACCACCAGGCAGAGAUGGUGAGAAAUGUGCAGUCUGGCAGCCCAGAGACAAGUACCCCAUAUAAACCAGGCUAUGUUAAACCGCUAGUGUCUGCAAGCAGUGGGAGCACGGACAGUGUGAAAGAAGUAUCUGCUAUAUUGAAUGAUGAAGAGCCCCAAAAUGAACAGGGGCUUGUGAGGAUUGCAGCUGCAGAGAAGCAAUCAGGUGUUAUUGAGAGAUGGGAGCUCAUACAAGCUCAGGACCUAAGAAAUAAACUUAGAAUGAAACAGAAUUUGCAGCAAUGGCAACAACUGAACUCUGAUCUCAGUGAUAUUACCGCUUGGCUGGAUAAAACUGAAGAAGAGCUGGAAGAAUUACAGAAAGCAAAGCCUGCAACCAAUAUGCAUACAAUGGAACAAAGAGUAAAGAAACUGAAAGACAUGCUUAAAGCCUUUGAUAACUACAAGGCUUUAGUGUUCUCCGUUAAUCAGAGCAGCAAAGACUUCCAGCAAACAGAUAGCACUGAAUCCAAAGAGCUUCAAAACAGACUUCGACAAGUGAAUUUGCGCUGGGAGAAAGUAUCUCAUUCAAUGGACAACUGGAGAAGGGGUUUACAACAAACCCUAAUGCAGUGCCAGGAUUUCCAUGAACUGAGUCAGAAACUACUCUUGGGACUAGCAAGUGCUGAAAGUCGAAGACAUAAUGCACAAUUCACUGAUCCAAAUGCUGACCCCCAUACAAUACUGGAGUGCCAAAAAGAAUUAAUGCAACUGGAGAAAGAGCUGUUGGAACAACAGCUUCAAGUAAACGCUCUACAGGAAAUCUCCACCUACCUUCUGGUUAAAUCAGAUGGGGAAGAUUAUAUUGAAGCUGAUGAGAAAAUACAUGUAAUUGGAAAGAAACUGAAACAGCUUCUUGAACAGGUUUCACAUGACUUAAAAACUUCACAAGGAAACGUGGACAUCAGUGCAUUUCUGACAGCAGCAGAUGACUUGGAUUCUGGAGGUUAUCAUCCACUAGUAGCAAACUCCAGCCUACAGGAAACGGUUGGUGUAAGGAGAACUUCAGAAGGCAAGAGCAACAGUGUCAGAAUGGAAAACCAGCCUGAAACCACUCAAGCAAUUUCCAGCCCCCAAUCCUUCUUUUAUCGUGUAUUAAGAGCAGCUUUACCCCUGCAGUUCCUCUUCCUUUUGCUUCUGCUUCUGGCCUGCAUGAUCCCAUCCUCAGAGGAAGACUACAGCUGCACACAAGUGAACAACUUUGCCCGCUCUUUCUAUCCCAUGCUGAGAUAUACCAAUGGACCUCCACCAACCUAGAAAGUGUCCCAUCACUCUACAAUAUACCAAAACACGUUGUCUCACGGGUGCUUAUUUUCAUGCUGCUUCUAUCAAACAGUGCAUUCAUGUACUUAAAUAUAGAAAGUUCCAUAUUGUUUCACAUUUUGACCCUCUCUGCUGUGGUUUCCUGACACUAGCCACUAAUGCACCUGUUUCCUGGGUGCCACAGCAAGAGUCUGUGUACUACCACUGAAAUAUAAGUGAGGCAUUAUUUAAAUAACCUCCUUCCAAUGCAUAGCAGGGAAGGGAACAUAUUAAACCUCACAAGAUCUUUUCAGAAUUUCAGUUUUUUUGGUGAGUAAUACAGCAUUAAUUGUUUGUACAGAAAAUGAACUUUUUCUAUAGAUUUUUUUAAACUCUAUAAGCAACAUAACUUUGAUGCACUAGAUACAAGCAUUUUAUAAAUACAGUCCUCAUAACGUGGAAGGUCCACAAAACACAAGUUGACAGACUAAUAAUGGGACAUUAGUUACAGACACUAGGGUAAUGCAAUGUUAAACACUAAUGGUCUGGGUCAUGGUUUAAUAUGUCAAUAGCAAUCUUAAGUGCAUGCACAUAUCAUUGGCAACAAUUUGCAUCUUCGGGUACUGUGGUAAACUGAAACAGAUUUAAAUCUGAUAUUUUUGUUAUACUGGACUUUAUUCAUACAACACUUUCAGUGAAAACGAUACAUAUUUUAUGUGCAAAGAGUUAGGACUGCUGUGUUGUAGUUGGAUGUGUCUUUUUUAUACUAUGUUUUAAAUAAGAAUUGAUUAUAUUGCAUGGAAGUGGUUUAUAUUGUGCAUAUUUUCUAAAUGAAAAUAAUUAUGAUGUGGAUUAUACACUAUAUGUAUACAUAUGUAAACAGACUUUUUAAUCAAAGAUUUUUGGUUUAAUAAUCUUCUGAAUAAUGUACAGUAUGCCAAAAGAGAUUUUUAUAAGUUAACUUUAAGACUCUUCACAUUUAAAGUGAAGCUAAAACUUCAGGUGAUGAUAUGAGAAAAAGUUUUAGUAGAAUAUGUUUGGUGGAGGUACAGUUAACAUUUUUCUCAUUAAAAUUCUGCUGAUGGUUGCAGUGACUGAA